AUGGGCCUGGCCGAGAAGGUUAUAGAGUCUAGCAAGAAGAAGUCAGAGGAGCUACUCAAUGAGCUCCACGAGCAAAUACGGUCGUUGACCAGCGAUCUCGACCAGAGUGCGGCAGAGCAGAAGAAGGAUCUGGACCUGCUUAAGCAAGAUGAGGCUUUCCAAGAUAGGGCCCUUGAGAAUACCGAGUCGAAACUGAAGGAGAUUGCUGCUGAAAAAAUCGCAAUUCCAGAGGCGGUGAUGAGCAGCUUCAUGCAGAAUGCGAACGGCCAGGGAGACUUCAUCGCCCCUUUGAGGAAGGCUGCCGAGAAAGCCAGGGAGUUCGCGGAGAAGUUGAUGAACAGUUCCGUCGCUUUCGCUCGCUCUGCUGGAGACGCUGGGCAGCCUGGCGAGGGGAAGAACUCUUCGUCGUCAUUCCUCGAGGCUAAGGAUGUUGGCUACUUCCUUGGCGAUGCUGCCUCGCUUGGAACGGAGGAUGCUGAUACCGAUGCCGCUGAGAGAGGCCUCAGCUUGGCUCAGGAUGGGAUCAGUAAGCUCGAUGCUGACAUCGCAGCUCAGAAGAAGAUGUUGGCCACCGAGCGAGACGAGCUGGAGAAGGAAAAGGAAUCUACCGCUAAGCUGGAACUCAACGUGGACUCUCAAGGAUCUCUGCUGGCAUCAUCGGAUACUCCUCAAGUCGACCCCCUGGAGGACGCUGAGACACUGCCUGGUCUCUCCUUCCUGGAGACCCAGAGUGGAGCGAGCUCGGCGGCUGCUGCUGCCUCUAGAGCACGACUGAGCUCCUGGCUUCAGAGGUUCAGGGCUAAGUUGAACAAGGCUAGGGCGGCGGCCGGCCUUCCUGCACUGCCUGUCAAUUCCACGCAGAAGGUGGCUGUGAAUAAGGAAGAGAAGAGGGACGAGAGAACUAAGGGAAGCUCCAGCACUGAGAUAACGAAAUCGAAGGAGAAGGAGUCCCUAUUGCAAUGGGCCCCUCUCAAUUUCGCUGAAAGUGAGGAUAUGCAGAAAGAGAAGAGAGAUGUGGCUCGCUUGAAGGAGGAGUUCGCCGAGUCGCUCCAGAAGGUUAAGGACCAGAGUGCUGCUCUACUGGCCGAAUCUCAAGCUGAUCUCGAGGCAAACGAGCAUAUGAAGUCGACGCUGGACGAUGGGUCCAUCAGUAGUGGCAGCUUCGUUGAGACCUCCAAUUACGAUCCCCAGAAGGAGGCCGCGGCUAUAAAGGAGCUCAACAGGAGGUGGGAGGCCGAGGCCGACAAGCUGAAGAAUGCACCUAUUGGAGGUCCAGAAGAGGAAGAAUUAUCGGCUAUGAUGAAGCAGCAGAAAGAGAGGGAUGCCAGGGACGAUGAGAAGAUCAAAGAAAUGAAGGAUGAGAUGCGUAGCGACUUGCAGAAACUGCACAAGGAAAUAUCUUUGGCUACAGCCAACACGGCUAAUGAGGACUUUUCCUCCUUCUUGGAAACCGGUCGUCGCAACCCUGAGUCAGAACGUGCGAAGUCGUUGUUGAACCGUGUCGAGGAUUUAGUUGUUAGCGAUGAGAUUAAGACCAAGGCUGAGCUCCAAUCCCUCCGCAGUGAGGCUGCUAAUGCUGUUGGUGCCAUCCCUGGAGUUCUAGCCGAGGUGGCUCGCCAUAUCGUGCAUUGA